GCUUCUCAUUUUCACUGGCAUGUUGCAGGCGAUCAACGCUGGCGGGGCUCCGACUGAUGAGGUGCCAUCGGAAGAUUGCAACACCCCUGAACCAGCACCAGAACCAGUUCACUACUCGAAGGAGACUCUGGAUACGGUAAGCAAAACUUCGUCUCGAGAUACCUCAAAAACUAAAACGAAAACCAAAGAAAAAGUAAAAGUCAAACACCUCAAAGGUGGUCUCACUGAGACCAUCAUAGUAGACAACACUCGAUCGAAAACCAAGAAGGAUUCUAUCCAAGAUGACUACAAUCAAACGAACCACAGUCUGAACGUGGACGGACUGGAGGAUGCCUCCAGUCUGACCACCAAACAUAAGCACGAAACGAAGGAAACUGAUACUUUGAAGGAUAAGAAGACACACGUGAUCAUUACAGAUAAAAACGGUAACGUGGUAUCCGACACGACGAAAGAGAAAGUGAAAGAGAAGACAAAGAAAAAGGAAAAGGACCGUCAGUCGUCGAAGCUCGUGCACACGAAGAAAAAAGUGGCCAUUCCGGAGGAUUGCGAGUCGCCACCGGUAGCUGUGCCUGACUGUUGAUUAGUGAAUAGAGUAUUGUUCAAAAUA